GUACCCCUCCAUCAUGGUCGACACGUCCGAAGUUGAGGAUCAGUGCAAAGGCCCGCACUCGGACACCCCAGGCCUGCCCAAUCACGUGCACCCGGACACCGCCGGCCUGCCCAAUCACGUGCACCCAGACGCCGCCGGCCUGCCCAAUCACGUCCCCCGCCGGCCCGACGAGGGGGACGGCAUGGCGGCGGAGGACGACCCCGACGGAGACGCCGGCUUCCAGACUCCGCCCACCGGCAGCUGCGAGCCCAGCCCCUGCCACUCCGCAGCCCCCGUCAAAGGGACCACGGCCGCCGUGUCCCCCCCUCCCAAGCAGGGAAGCCCCCCCACCGAUCCCCCCCCCCCGCCCAAGCUGCACCUGGACCUGUACAACUUCGACUCCCCGGUGGCGGAGGGCAGCCGCUACGUGCUGACCAGCCCCCGGUCCCUGGAGGCGUGCGCCCGCUGCGGCGUGAAGCCCGUGGAGCUGCUGUCGCGCCCGCUGGCCGACUUCGCCCGCGAGGCGCCGGGCCGCUCCAUGCGCGUCGCCACGGGGAUGUUCGAGGUGUACGAGCGCGAGCGCCACGGCAAGCUGAGGCAGUGCCGCGAGGAGCGCGAGCGCAUCGUCCGCGAGGAGAAGAGGCGGGUCCUGGCGGCGGCCGCCAACGGGAACGCCGCCGCCACCACCGCCGCCGCCGCCGCCGCCUCGUCUCCGCAGCGUUCCGCGGAGAAGAGCCCCGACUCCGCCCGGGCGGGGUCCGGGCCGCUGACGGCGUCGGCUCUUCACGACGCCGGAGCGGCGCCCGUGAGGUCCGCGCCCUCGGGUCCGGCUGCGAAAGCGGGCGUGGCCGCGUCGUCGAAGGCCUCGCCCACCAAGGCCGGCCACUCCCCGAAGUCGGGGUCCUCGAGGUCGUCGAGGACCGGGUCGUUCGGCUCCGCCUCCUCAAGGGGCCCGAGGCAGGCCGCGCCCUCGGCCUCGGAGCCAGGGAAGACCCCGAGCAGGGGGGCCUCAUCCGGCCCCCCCCCGGUGACCCGCAAGUCCUCCGGGGGCAAGACCUCCGGGGGCAAGUCUUCCAACACCUUCCCCCGGUCGACCCCCAAGCCCCCGGCGUUCCCCCGAGCCAACUCCACCCUGGCCUCCAUCGUGUGCCGGCCGGCCGCCCCGGUCCCCUCGCUCCCCCUCAACGGCGUGCCCGGGGGGGCGGUGCCUCAGCACAAUGGGCACGGCAAGGCCAAGAGCCACUCCGCGGAGUCCCUCCAGCGGCGGCUGGAGUCCUCCACCUCCAACACCACCGUCACCACCGCCACCACCACCACCUGCACCUCCUCCGAGUCGGGCGCCUCCUCCUCCUACAGCUGGGAGGCCGGCCGGGACCACUGGGCCAAGAGGUCCAGCCCCCGCGCCCGCACCCUGGCCACCUUCAACUCCCUGAUGGGGCGGAGCCUGAGCCUGGGCGACCUCAGCCACUCCCACCAGACCACGCAGAAGGUGGAGCGCAUCGUGCGCGAGGUGCGGCGGCGGGGGCUCAAGGCCGUGCCCGAGCGCGACCGCAAGAUCGCGGCGCUGAUGCUGGCGCGCUACCAGGAGGAGGACAUCAUGAGCCAGACGCGCUACGUGGCGCACCUGCAGUGGGACAGCGAGAAGCGCAUGGACGAGCUGCGGCGCGACCAGGAGGAGCGCGAGAAGCAGCGCGCCGUGGUGCAGUGCCAGCGGGCGUGGCACUGCCAGGUGUCCACGCGCCAGCGCCGCCUCAGCCAGCAGGAGCGCGACUCGUCGGCCGCCAAGCUGCGGCAGGCGGAGGAGAGCGAGGAGCGCUGGAAGGAGCUGUCCGAGCAGCAGGAGCGCGGCCGGCUGCAGAGGCUGCAGCAGGCGUCGCGCGAGGAGAAGCAGAAGAAGGCGCUGCAGGAGCAGAACCUGAAGGCGCUGGAGGAGGAGCGGGGCGCCGUGCUGGAGCAGGAGCGCCUCCUGCUGGACGAGAGGCUGACCAUGGCCGAGCUGAAGCGGCAGGAGACGGAGCACCGCGCGCAGGAGGACCGCCGCGGCCUGAACCGCGCCGAGAAGCGCCGGCACGCGGCGCUCAUCCGGGAGAUCUCGCGGCGGGAGCAGGAGGAGCGGGAGGAGGCCCAGCGCGCGGCCGAGGGCAAGCUGAACCGCUCGCUGGAGAACUACGGGCAGAUCGUGGAGCGCCGGGGCCAGGAGCUGAAGGAGAAGGCGCGGCGCGAGGAGAAGCAGAUCCUGAAGGCGCGGCGGGCGGCCGAGCAGCGGGAGCGGCAGCAGCAGCAGCAGCUGGAGGCCCGCGUGAAGGAGGCCGAGAGGAGGGCCGCGCAGGCGGCGCUGGCGGCCGAGGAGAAGGCGCGGGAGAAGGCCCAGCGCGCGGCGCAGAGCCGGCAGGAGAAGGAGAGGCUGCAGCGGCUGAACCGGCGGCGGGUGGAGGACGAGGAGCAGCAGAGGCGGGCGGAGCUGCUGCAGUCCAUCGAGAAGAAGCUGGAGAAGAGCGAGCAGAUCUUCAAGGAGAAGCGCGCCGUGCUGGAGAGCGCCCGCUCCACCGCGCGCGCCUCCUUCCACGUGCGCGACCGUGUGCGCGAGGAGACCAACAUGCGCACCUUCGACAAGAUGGCGCUGGAGGCUCAGCUCGCCGCCGGGCUGGACGGGAAGUGACCCCGCCCCCCCCCCCCUCCCCUCCUCACCCACGCUGGGGGGCUGUGACGAGGGCCUCGGUCGCCAGACACGCUGGGCCCCCCACCGCCGACACGGCCCUUAGCUUUAAACAGCUCUACCCCCCCACGGAGAAUCAUCGUGUUUUACCCCCAUGUUUACUUAUGUGUUGCUCUACGGAACAUCUUUUUCCCUCCAAGGCUCCAGAAAUAUGAACUAAAAUGAAGUUGGUUGUGAUGACGUAACAAGAUGCCCCGAAACUUAAACCCGGGCCGGACACUCAGAGCUAAGAUGGGAGAGGGGGUCCUGAGAAAGCUGCCUUUUGGAGCAGCUAAACAAACCCCUCUCCUCUGCCUCCUCCCCCUGCUCUCCCCCCUCUCUCCCCCUCUCUCUGCAUUCACUCCCUCAGCCUCUGCACCCAGAGUUGGUGCUGAGAUGAAAAGAGCCAUUGUUGUCCAGGAAGCACAAAACCAUGAGGUCUUCAGGGGGCUUUUAAAGCAGGCCAGCGCUGUUUUAAGGGGCGGCGACGAACUGAAAGGCAGCAGGAAAUAGAUUCCACUGCGCUGCAGAGCACACACCCCCCACACCCACCCCCCCCCCCACACACACACACACACACACCCCCCUCCUCCUCCAAUGCACUAAGUUAGAGCUCCUUUUGUAGAAUCUGUGACUCGUCCUUACUGAAGCACCGGCCCGCGACAGACCAAGCCCCGGGGGGUGAAAGUCAUCUCUCUACCCCCCCCCCCCCCACACACACACACACAACCCCCUGACACACAGUCCAUCCAGGAGGAGGAGUUUAGAGUCCCAGCCUUCAGUCCUUGCAUCCUAUUGGCUCUCCACGACAGCCACGCUGAGCGCACACAUCGGCCACACCCCCCCACUUCAGCCUGACUCCUCCCUCUUCCCAAUGACUCCUCCCACCAGUGACUCCGCCCAGCGCAGACCCUCCCACUGCCUCACCUGAGAUGGGGUGAGGACGUCCGCCGACGCCACACAGGGUCGGCUCCAGGUCCCGUUGUCCAGGGAGGGGCCAGGGUCGUCGACGUGCCCCCUGUUGAAGUCCAGUCCCUUGGAGGUCCACGCUGAGCCCCGGACCACCAAGAGAUCCGGACCAAACCAGUUCUUCAAGUCCGCCUCAGAUGAACACGGCGGGCAGGCGGCCAUUUUGUGCUGAAGCUCAAACUGAUGGACUUUACCUCGUCAUUAUUCCCAUGAUGCAUUGCUUUCUUUCUCACAGACCUUUAACUUAAUGGGGACCUAUUAUACUUCUAUUUUUUAUGACCUAUAAACGUUGUUAUACUGAUUGAUAGUCAUGUUUAACCAUACUAAAGUGUCAAAUAAUGACGUACAUGCAUUUCGACGUAUUCCCUGCUGACAGUCUGGGGUGGCUGUGCAGAGCGCUAAACACUCGGGACAACGUUUGCGAUUCAUUGUUCACAUUUCCGGGAAAUCAUCUACGCAGAUGCACUCCUGCCGCGCCCCCAUAUGCCUGGUCAAAUCUGCCCGCGCGCGCUUCAAGGAAGGUAACCAAUCACAACGGAGUUGGGUUGGCAGGAGGGGGGCGAGGGAGCGGAGAAGGACGAAACCGAGCGUUGACAGAGAAGGCUGAAGGCGCCCAGAUGAGAGGAUGAGUUUCCCGAAAAUCGACAUCGUUUUUUAUGUAUGGUUAAACAUGACUAUCAAUCAUUAUAACAACGUGUAUAGGUCAUAAAAGUCGAAAAAGCAUAAUAGGUCCCCUUUAAUGAAAUAAAAACCUUUCUUAAACUCUGAUACGUAAACAAUAUUUACCUCAUUAUUGAUACACGUUUGGAAUUUAGCAUAGCUAAAAUCUACUCUAAGCUCCAAUGCAUUCUUGGAGUAGAAACCUGAAAAGUUUAUCAUUUCUCUGUGGUCUUACUGUGGGGGGGGGGGGGGGGGGGUACCAUGACGACGAAAAAUAGGGGACACUGGGGGGGUGAAGUCUCUGCUUGUAUAAAGAGGACAGCCGGUACAUUUCCAAGGUUCAAACAAAGCUUUAUUGACGUCAAGGCAUGACAUUCUGUUUCUUCCUCUCAACAUCCUGUUCCUGUUCCUAUCCUUUACUUAUCCUCAUCUUCUUACGACCAUUAGUAUUAUUGUUCUUAUCAUUUUAUACAUUAUCCAAAAACAGCCUGCUUUUAGUAGUUUCCAUGGAGUUCAGACCAUCAGAUGCAGCGUUUAUUAGAAGGUUAGAGCUUGUGGUCUUCAACCCCCUGUGAUUGAUGAAGACACUUCCGCUAAUCUCAUCAGAUACCAGACAAUAAAGACAACCCUUUUACAAGAC